CCACAAAAGCCAGCAAAGCUCAUUCUUUACCUUCACCUCUCAUUUAUUCGACAUCAUGGCUUCUGCUUGGGAACCACCUGUUGCUCCAUGGUCUGCUACUUCAAAAGAUUCAUUCGCUUUCAAAAGUGUUUCACAACGUUGGCCAACGAUCAUCACUUCUGCUAUUGAUGCAUUGUAUCAAGCUUCUUAUGCUCUUUCUUAUUCAUCAGAACGCUCUAUUGCAGAGGAAAAGAUUCAAGAAUCAAAAGAGCUUGUGGAAAGGUUGAGUAAGCUUAAACAUGAUAUGGGAAGAGAUAAAGCUUUGGAAAAGAUUAUUCAAGAUGAAGGUGAUCCAGUCGACGAAUACAAUACCGUUCUGGACAAAAACCCUUCUUGGACUUGGUUCACCGCUCCUUGGCUGUAUGCUGAAUGCUAUCUUUAUCGUUUGAUUCGUUCAAUCUUUGCGCACUCCAAACAUUGGCAACAAUACGAUCCAUUCUCAACACAAAAAGUGGGUGCCUUCCGUUCAUCAGCAGCAGCGGUUGCACAACUUUCUGACGCAGUUGAACCACUUAUCAAAAAAGCCGAAGCUGCUGCUCAUGAAUCAGAUCAAAGCAAUACAGACGAAGCACUUUACGUCAUCUUUAAAGAAUUGGUUCAAACCAGCCUUUGGGGUAAUAGCACAGAUUUGAGCUUAUUAACCCAUCUCAGUCAUGCAGAUUUGCAAACUUUACAAGCUGGUGGGCUAGGUGAAAAGGCACAAGCUCAACGAUUGAAUUUCAUCUUGAGCGGCUUGGGCGGCCUUGAUCAAGCAUGGAAAUCUUUGUUGGCCCAAAAGAAGGCAGGUGCAUCCGGUCAAGCAAGGGUGGACAUCAUCUUGGACAACUCUGGCUUUGAGUUGUUCACCGAUUUGAUUCUCGGAGAUGUGAUCCUCUCCAGCGGCCUGGCUGAUCAGGUAGUCUUCCAUCCAAAAGAUAUGCCUUGGUUCGUAAGUGAUGUCACACCUGCGGACUUCUUGUUCACCUUGGAAGCUUUGCAGAGCGGUGAUUUCUUCACCAAGGAAUCCUCUCAUCAAAUAUCCGAUGGAGUUGUUCCACGCACAUCAAGAAGCUCUUCCCGUCAACGUCAGAUGGUCGCUGAUAUGGUUCAUUUUGAGGGUGAGCGUAGAGAUAUGUCACCAGCUGGCAGUAAAAUUCUCAAAAUGGAGGCUGUUCCUGAGGAAGGCAAGGAUACGGAAGCCUAUAAAUCACGCCAUCUUCAACGUAAUGAGGCUUCAGAAAGGCAAAUCGGACGCGCAGAAGAGGCUCAAGAUUCGACUUUGACAAGUCGUGGACGUCCAGUCUUAUCAAACCAUGCCAUCGGCGGAAGCCGUAGCUUGCAAUUGGAUCCUUCAUUCUUCCAAAACGCACGCAGCAAGACUGUUUCACCUUCCCGUAGCUUUGUGAUGGAUAGCAGCAAUAUGCAAUCCUUCUCCGCAAUUCAUAGCAGGGACAGAAGCAGAGAUGGCAGGAAUGCAAACAGCGAUGACUCUAGACGAGGUAGAAGCGCAGUGAGCGAGCACACAAGCUCAACUCAACGUUUAGCAGCACGUUGGCAGACUUACAUGACCAGUGGUAAAUUUGCUUUGAGUAUGCCACCAAACACACCAUUGGGAGGUACGCCACAAUUGCACUCUUCCGGUCAAGGUGACUUCUGGACAACGUUCCACAAUUACCCGUCAAUGGCAAUCGUUGCGCCACAAUUGCAUGCUUCUCUAUCCGCAAGCAGGUUGGUGAUCAGUAAGGGAGAUUUGAAUUAUCGUAAAUGGUGCUCGGAUGCUCAAUGGGACUUUUCUACACCAUUCGAAGAUGUUCUUGGACCGGUAAAAGGUACGUUGAACUUAUUGGUCUUACGUACAAAUAAGGCUGAUGUGAUCGUGGGCGUGCCCAAAAAUCGUUUGGCAACGCUUGACAAAGAAGAUCCCGAAUGGAGAGUGAAUGGAAAAUAUGCGGUUGUGGAAUUUGUUGGAAAGAAAUAAGGGAUAUGUACAUACAAAACCAAAAAAUGAAUCAAAUAGGAUCUAUUUAUCUGUAUGGUGUGCUGAUAAAGACUCCAUGUCAUUGCUCUUCCUUUUACGAUACUCUUUUGCUCUUUCUAUAGCCAAGAGUCUACCUUUGUCGUCUUGAGAUGUUUGCGUAC